UGAAGCGGAGGCUGCGUAUUGCUAUUAAGCUUACCAUUAACCUUUGUUUUUAGUUUCAUCUAAAGACGUUUUAUUUACCGGAGUGUUGCUGCUGCUGCUGCUGUUGACUGUGUCAUCUCUCAUCAGGGCUGCUCUCUGUGAUCAAAUGGAUUAUACAGCUCACACUUCUCCACCAAUCAACACCUCCCGCCAGUUCUCUGCCUCGCCAUCUCUUCCCUCCCAUGUUCUCUCCCUCUGUCCCACAGCUGCCACGCUCUUCUUCCUUCCGUCCGUCUACACAAUCCUCUUCCUCACCGCCGUCCCAGGCAACGUACUGUCUUUGUGGGUGUUCCUGCGGCGCAUCUCCACCACAUCCCCCACCCAUGUCUACCUGUCCCACCUCAGUGUUUCCAACCUGAUGCUGUCUCUCACCACCCCCUUCCUCGCUGCCUACUUUGCCUGUGGUUCGUUCUGGACACUGAGCAGCGUCCUGUGCCAGCUUGUCCUGCAUCUCAUCACCCCGGUGCUCCACAUUAAUAUCUACAUAGGCCUCAUGAUCCUCACUUGGGUGGCCCUCAGUCGCUUUGCAGCUCUCGUGCAGCACACCCACGCCUCCAAGCCCAACACCUGCAUCACCCUGCUGCCGCACAGUUUCUUCACCCGCCUCAAAAGGGUUUCCUUUGCCAGAAAGGUCUGUGGUGCAGUGUGGUUGCUAGCAGUAGGGGGCAUCGUGCCAGUGACAGUUUUCUACUCAGUGAGGGAAGUGAUCAGUGGGGAUUCUACUAAAACUGGGGAGGAUAUAAUGUGUUACAACCCCGCAGUUGAAGUAGGUGGAGGUCUGUCUGCAGCCUGUAAUGUGUCUGCUAUAACUGUGUUCUUUGUGUGCUAUCUGCUGGUGCUGCUUUCCUACAUGUCGGUCUUGAAGCAUAUCUGGCGUUCACGCCGCAGCACCAAUGUCAUCACCUCGCAGAGUCUGCUGGGAAGAGUGCUGCGAAACAUCAUAGUCAUCCAGGUUGUCCUUUCGGCAUGUCUGCUGCCGUAUCACAUCUACAAACCCAUCUUCAUUUCUCUGGCCUAUCAACAGUCGGCCCACUCACCUGAACCCGGCACCCACUGCCAUCCACUCUCCACCCACGUUGAGGUAAAGAAUGGCCUCCUUCUUCUCGCUGCACUGAGGGGAUCAACCGACCCUGUGAUGUAUUUCCUCCUGGACAAAACCUUCCGCCAACAAACCUUCAGACUUUUGGGAUUUGACCAAAAUGCUCCUGUAAAGAAACAACCGUGCUGGUCAGUUACAGGAAGUCUCAGUCCUAGACCUGGACAGCUGGGGGUCGGGAAUGAACCUACUGCUACUAUGGGCUCAAGUCGAGAAAGUGUCCUGUAGCCAUUUUUAAGAAUCAAACUAAUGCUAGGGUUUUGGUUUGUUUCGAUAUAUGCUUUUUGAUACUUUGUGAUAUAAUAUAUGAACCAUGAGCAACAGCUAGAUAUAAGUAUUUUGUACAUAUGAGCUUUAUUUACAGUGUUAAUUGAUUAAGCAGAGACUAUGGUGUUGUUGUGCAGAUGUGUGACACAGAACUGAGUUUCCAAGAUGACACUGUUUUGUUACAUGUGGCCUGUGUGUUCCCAGGAGUCCAGCAGCUUUUCAGAUCAAUUUUGCAUGAGAGUAUUACAACUUCACACUGUCAUCUGUAUUUUAAAACUUCAAUUAUUUUACCCUAACAAACUGUGAAGGUCAUGCACAGAGUUUUCUGCCAGGAGUCACUGAUCUGAGACAUUUUAAUAAAUCACAAACUACAAUGUCAGGGAUGGAGAGAUGAUUUAAAACAUUACGUUUCCAGAAAGAAAGUUUAAUUGCUUCUGUGCCGUCCUUUAUUUGCUGUGUGUAUAAGCAUAAACAGAUUGUUUGUUGCAUCAUGGGAAGCACUAUUCUUUAAAGUGAGGUGGCUUUAUUGUAUGUAUUGUACAAAUGCGCAUUAACAUCCUGUAUGAAACUGUUAGGACUAAAAUAAACUCACUUA